AUGGCAUGGGGAGGUUGCACUGCUGCGGCAGCUGCUCUCCUGCUGCUGCUCCUCCUCGCCGCAGCAGCAGGCGGUAAUGGCGGCGUGCAUUGCCUUCACCUUGACGCGGGGUGGCGGCACCGGCACCACCUGAGCAGGAGAGCCUUGCAGGGGAGGCAGAGGCACCACCUGAGGUCAAGAGCCGUGGACGGCGCCACGGUGCUCGAGCUGAGGCACCACAGCUUCAGCACCGCGCCGGCCAGAAGCAGGAAGGAGGAGGUCGACGGUCUCCUGUCCACCGACGCCGCGCGCGUCUCGUCGCUGCAACGGCGCAUCGACGGCUACAGGCUGAUGAUCACCUCGUCGACCGCGGCGGCGGUGGCGGUGACCGCGUCCAAGGCGCAGGUGCCCGUCACCUCGGGCGCGAAGCUCCGGACGCUCAACUACGUGACCACCGUCGGCCUGGGUGGCGGCGAGGCGACGGUGAUCGUGGACACGGCCAGCGAGCUGACCUGGGUGCAGUGCGCGCCGUGCGAGUCGUGCCACGACCAGCAGGGCCCGCUCUUCGACCCGUCCUCGUCGCCGUCCUACGCCGCGGUGCCGUGCAACUCCUCCUCCUGCGACGCGCUGCAGCUGGCCACGGGCGGUGUGUCUGGCGCCGCGGCGUGCGGCGGCGGCGCCGACGGCGGCCAGGGCCAGGACCAGCAGCAGCCGCCGCCGGCCUGCAGCUACACGCUCAGCUACCGCGACGGCUCCUACUCCCGCGGCGUCCUGGCGCACGACAGGCUCAGCCUGGCCGGGGAGGUCAUCGACGGCUUCGUGUUCGGCUGCGGCACCAGCAACCAGGGCCCGCCGUUCGGCGGCACGUCUGGCCUCAUGGGGCUCGGCCGGAGCCAGCUCUCGCUCGUCUCCCAGACUAUGGACCAGUUCGGCGGCGUCUUCUCCUACUGCCUCCCGCUCAAGGAGUCCGACUCGUCGGGGUCGCUGGUCCUCGGCGACGACUCGUCGGUGUACCGGAACUCGACCCCGAUCGUGUACGCCUCCAUGGUGUCCGAUCCGCUCCAAGGGCCCUUCUACUUCGUGAACCUGACCGGGAUCACGGUCGGCGGUCAGGAGGUGGAAUCUUCAGGCUUCUCGGCCGCCGCCGCCGGCGGCAACAAGGCUAUCAUCGACUCCGGCACCGUGAUCACCAGCCUCGUGCCGUCGAUCUACAACGCCGUCAAGGCCGAGUUCCUGAGCCAGUUCGCGGAGUACCCGCAGGCUCCAGGGUUCUCCAUCCUCGACACUUGCUUCAACAUGACCGGGCUCAGAGAGGUCCAGGUGCCCAGCCUGAAGCUCGUGUUCGACGGCGGCGUGGAGGUGGAGGUGGACUCCGGUGGCGUGCUCUACUUCGUCAGCAGCGACUCCUCCCAGGUGUGCCUCGCCAUGGCCGCCCUGAAAUCCGAGUACGAGACCAACAUCAUCGGCAACUACCAGCAGAAGAACUUGAGGGUCAUCUUUGACACCUCGGGGUCGCAGAUGGGGGACACUGAAGAAACAGUGGCGCAUCUGAAUGUUCAAGUGAAUGAGAAUGAAGUUGUAAAUGGGGAGAAUGACAAGCAGGAUGAGCAGCAGCAGUCCAAGGAUGGAGAGGAAGUGGGAGAUGAGGAAAGCAAGAAAAGGAAGCCCAUGGUUCCAAGAUCAGAUGUUUGGGAACACUUCAGCAAGAUCAAACUUGAUAAUGGGGAGGAGAGAGCCAAGUGCAAGUACUGCGGCAAGCAACUCCGCUGUGACACAAAGUUAAAUGGUACGUCCUCCAUGAAGGCUCAUUUGAAAAUCUGCAAGAAGAAUCCUCACAAACCUGUAGUAGAUAAUCAAGGUACUUUACAACUACAACCUAGCCCUAGCAAUAGUAGUGUUGGUACUCUAUCUACUUGGAAAUUUGAUCCUAAGGAGUUAAGGAGGAGUUUUGCUGAGAUGAUAAUAGAAAAUGAGCAACCUUUUGUGUUAUCUGAACGUUCUGGCCCUAGAAAGUUUAUGUCAAAAGCAUGCCCACGUUUUGUUUUGCCAUCUAGAAGAACAAUCACUAGAGCCUGUGUGAAAGUGUUUGAUGAUGAGAGAGAAAAACUUAGGAAAUUUUUGAAAGACAACUGUGAAAGAGGCCAUAGGGGGGAGGACAUUGGAAAAUCUUUAGAGAAUUGCUUGGCUGACUGGGGAAUUGAGAAUGUUUUUACAAUAGCAGUAGACAAUGCUAGUGCAAACAACACUGCAAUUAAGUACAUGCAGAGGGUCCUGAAUGAAUCAAAAGGCUGCGUUGCUGAAGGAGAGUACCUUCAUAUGAGGUGUUUUGCACAUAUUAUCAACCUGAUAGUAGGUGAUGGGCUGAAAGAAUUUGAUAGAUCAAUCGCUCGUGUUCGGGCUGCUGUUAAGUAUGUUAGGAGUGGACCAUCUAGGUUGGUAAAGUUUAAGAAAAGUGCCGAGUUAGCAAAGGUUCAGACCAAAGCAUUUUUCAACCUAGACGUCUGCACUAGGUGGAACUCAACUUACCUGAUGCUACAAACUGCACAAGAGUAUGAAAAGGCCUUUGAAAGGUAUAGUGAUGAAGACCCAUACUAUAGUCUAGAGUUAGAGAGUGAGAAAGCACCAGGAGUUCCAAUCAAAUCAGAUUGGGAAAAGGCAAGGAAAAUGGCUCAAUUUCUUAAAUACUUCUAUGAGCUGACCCUCCGUGUCUCUGCCACAAGUCGCCCAACAUCUCACACAUACUUUAAUGAGAUUGCUGAUGUUUUGGUUCUGCUGAGACAAUGGUGUCACAGUGAAGAUACAUUAUGUCAGAAACUGUGGGCAACAGUCAACACUUAUUUUCAUGCUUUGUUUGAGGAGUACAGAGAACUAUAUGCUCCAUCUCCAAGUGACAAGGUGCCUGCUGAAACUCAAGAAACACCAGACUUUUGUUCUGGGUUGAUGAGCUCCAUAAUUGCACAACAGAUGAGCAAUAAGGGGAGUGCCAAUACCACUGUGAAGUCUGAACUAGACAAGUACCUUUCAGAAGAUAAUGAGGAGCUUAGUAAAAGUUUUGACAUUAUGAAAUGGUGGAAGAACAAUGCUACUAGAUUCCCCAUAAUGUCUCGUAUGGCCCGUGAUCUUCUGGCAAUUCGUAUCUCAACAGUAGCCUCUGAGUCAGCCUUCAGUUCAGGUGGAAGAACACUUGAUGAUUUUAGGACAUCACUCACACCAACAAUGGUUGAGCGGCUCGUUUGUACAAAUGAUUGGCUUCGUGGAAACAACUACAUCAGUGUUGAAGAGGACACAGAAGCAUUGGCCAAGCUUGAGGAAGAAAUUGGUGCCCUGGCCAUUUCUAAGGAUAGCACUACUGCUACUGCAUCUUGA